AUCCGGAUUCCAACUGUAUCCCCCCCUCUCUCUUUCUUACACAACACGAUACAGCUUCGUCCCGCGAAUCUCUCGCUCUCUCUCUCUCUCUCUCUGUGGGAAAUAAAAUUAUCAAAAUCCAAUUUACUAGCUUCGGACAUGUCACCCAUCUAAGGAGGGUUAAAACGCCCCAAGUAUCACCAUUACACUAACCGGAGAGAGAGAGAGAGAGAGAGAGAGAGACUCUCAGGCUCUGGCUCUGGAGGAACACACAUUGCUCCAUAUCAACCACCGUCACCAUCGUCAUCGCCGGCCCUCCACAUCCCGAUGGAAGGCCGUGCCGGUCGAGGUCACCUUGCUCCUGCCGCAUUUCUCCUCAAUCUCGUCGGGGAGAUUGUCGGAAUGUCCCCUGGAAAUGCCUGUGGGACUACUACCAACGACCGUGAUUUGGUGUUUAGAAAGGAUUGCACGGAUCUGCUGCGGAGGAUAUCUCUGCUCACGUAUUUCCUCGAGGAGAUUGUGGACUACAAGGGCGAAUCUGGACCCUUAGAUGCUUCUAAUUCUUCUUCUUCGUCUUCUGGGAAUUGGUACUCCGAUCUAGUGGGGGCUCUCCAGGCUGCUAAGCGUCUCCUGUCGGUUGCUUUCGAUUUCUCACUAACCAAUAAUUCUGAUGGAGCCACCAAGAAAAUUGCCUUCCAAUUCCAAUGCGUGACAUGGAAACUAGAAAAGGCUUUGGCUAACAUACCAUUUGAUCAGUUUGACAUCUCAGAGGAAGUAUAUGAACAGGUUGCAUUGGUGAGAUCACAGUUGCAAAGAGCCACAGAAAGAUAUGGGUCAAUGAAUUCACGAAUGAUUUCUUUUGCCUUAGCUGAGUCAAUGGACAAAGAAGUUGACCAAGUACAGAAGGGGAACAGGUUAACCAGAUGUGGAGUUAAUGAGAAAAGUGCUAGUAUCAACCAUGAAGCUACAGAAAGGCUGGACACUGUUUCAGGAAGUCGUGGAUCAAAAAGCCAUGCUGCAGAUCACAUCACGAGUGAAUCAAAUGAAGAUGAUGGCAGCAAGAAAAAUAAUUUGGCUAUCAAGAAUACGGAAGACUUAAAAAAGCCUGAUGCACCCACAAUCCCUGAUGAUUUUCUGUGCCCUAUAUCCUUGGAACUAAUGAGGGAUCCUGUUAUUGUGGCCACAGGACAGACUUAUGAGAGGUCUUAUAUUCAAAGAUGGAUUGACACUGGGAAUGCAACAUGUCCAAAAACCCAGCAGAAUCUUGAACAUUUGACGCUGACUCCCAAUUAUGUUUUGAGAAGUCUAAUAACUCAGUGGUGUGCAGAGCACAACAUUGAGCAGCCAACAGGGGUAGCAAAUGGGAGGAUAAAAAAGAGCGAUGGAUCUUUUCGUGAUGUAAGUGGUGAUAUAGCAGCCAUCCAGGCACUUGUUCGCAAACUCUCAAGCAGAUCUGUUGAGGAACGCAGAGCUGCUGUAUCUGAGAUCCGGUCACUAUCCAAAAGAAGCACAGAUAACAGGAUACUAAUAGCAGAAGCUGGAGCUAUUCCUGUUCUGGUGAACCUUUUAACUACUGAAGAUGUGUCAAUACAAGAAAAUGCGGUUACUGCCAUUCUUAACCUCUCCAUAUAUGAAAAUAACAAGGGACUAAUAAUGCUUGCUGGUGCUAUUCCUUCAAUUGUCCAAAUUCUCAGAGCUGGAAGUGUUGAAGCAAGAGAGAAUGCAGCAGCUACAAUUUUUAGCUUGUCACUUGGGGAUGAGAACAAAAUAAUAAUUGGUGCAUCAGGGGCUAUCCCUGCUUUGGUAGAAUUGCUUGAAAAUGGAAGCCCUAGAGGGAAGAAAGAUGCUGCAACAGCCUUGUUUAAUCUGUGCAUUUAUCAAGGGAACAAGGGCAGGGCCGUGAGGGCUGGAAUUAUUCCAGCAUUAUUAAAGAUGCUUACAGAUUCAAGAAAUUUCAUGGCUGAUGAGGCUCUGACCAUUCUUUCUGUUUUAGCUAGCAACCAAGAUGCUAAGGUUGCUAUAGUUAAGGCUAGCACUAUACCUGUUCUCAUUGAUCUGUUGAGAACAGGUCAGCCCCGCAACAAAGAGAAUGCGGCAGCCAUUUUGCUUUCCUUGUGCAAGAGAGAUCCUGAGAAUCUUGCCUGUAUAAGUAGGCUUGGUGCUAUCAUACCUUUGAUGGAGCUUGCUAAAAGUGGAACAGAAAGGGCCAAGCGGAAGGCCACUUCAUUGUUGGAGCAUCUUCGAAAGCUACAGCAACCGUAGCAGAGAUAGUUUUACCAGAAAGAUUUAUUUUCAUUUUUUAAUCUCUUUGUUUCUUUCAGUUCAAUUAUUUGACAAUGAUUGCCACACCAUUCUAUUAGAGUGUGAAAACUGAGAACAUAAGCAAGGGAGACAAAGUCUCUCUAAUUGCUCUCUUUGUAUUUAUUUCCUUCUUUAUGAGUGUGUAAAAAAAUACAAUUGAUAAUCUAUUUGUCACGAUAAUUUUUGUUCAA